AUGAGGAAUUUCUUUUAUUUAUUUUUUGCCGGAGUUUAUUCUCAGAAAGAAAAAUCAUGGAGCUGUAUUUUCAGCUGUCUCCGAGACUACAUCCAGGGCGAUAUCUUCUGUUCCUUGACUUGGGAGCCCGACUCCGACGACUUCCAGCGUUGCCUAGAAAACUACACUGAAGAGUUCGUCCAAUGCCUCCGUGUUGAUGGCUGCACAAGUAUGGAAGAGUGCUGGGAUGCUUGCGUUCCUGACAUGCUUGAAGAGGCCUGGGCGUGUGAAGAGGCCUAUUACAGUGGGGAAAUUUCGGAACGAGAGUACUUGAGCUGUCUUAUGACUGCAUCUAUUGAGGGCUCUCAGUGUCUAUCAGACUGUGGGGACUUUCCUUCGAAAGAAUAUCUGCAUUGA